AAAAAAAAUAAGUUGUCUUAGAAAAAAAGUUUAAUGCUGACCUUUACGAUCUUAUAUUAAUAGUAAAGCAAAUGGAAAGCAAUUCUGAGGCAGAAACUAGCGAAGAAAAUAUACGAAAACUGUUUCAAGUAUGCGAUGUUAAUGGAUGUGGGGCUAUUGAUAAGAUGUCAUUAUUGAAAUAUACUGAUCACGACGGUGUUAUUUCUUUUGAAGAGUUUGCUUCAAGUUUUAAAUUUUGGUAUUCUAAAGGUGGAGAGAAUAAAGAAGUUUACGAAUGUAAAAUAAGCAAACGCGGAGAUUGCGACGGUGAUGUUAAGGUUAACAGUGACGAUAUUUAUGGCGGCAUUAAAGAGGAAACUGUAGAAGGAGGUUUGCAAAAUUUACUCGCUUUAAUUAAAAAAGAAAAAAAAGACUUAGAAGCUUCUUAUGAAAAAAUAGAAAAAGAAAAAUAUGAAAUGCUUUUUUUUUACAACGAACGCUUUAUUGAAACUGAAGUUAUAUUAUCUCUUUUCAUUAUUUUAUUAAAAUUUAUUAUCAAUUUUUUCUAUGCUAAGCGUGGAUAUAAAAAACUAAAUGAAUUAUUGGAAAACGAGAAAAAAGAGAAUGCUUGGUUGUUAUAUAUUCAUUGA